AUGCCCUUACAGUACUCCGCCGCAAAACUGUCGCUGCUAAGGACGCCGGCCAAGCGCCGCAAGCUCACCCCGACCCAGCAAGCUUAUAUCAAGGCGUCUAAGCGAAGUACUGGUGUUACCGAAGCAAAACGUCCCCACGCUCAAAGACUCGAAGUUAAAGACUACAACGUCCAACUAGACUACCAGCUCCAACGAGGCAGUGUGUUGGUCGCCGUGAAUACCGUUCUCGAUACCCAGUGGAGCGAGACGACGACGCUACACUCGCGCUACGCUGACCACAACCCGUUGACUCAUAAGGGCAAAAUUGUCGACCAAAAGACUCGGGAAGAUAUUCUUUUCCAUUUCCGAGGGCUCAGCACUGAGUACGGAGCGAAAGUUUUAAGUUACCGCCGCACCCUCCCGGAAUUGGUGACGGUAGGUCAACUAUACUCGAUCUUCUCUGAAGCGGGACCUACGUUUGUGGAUAAACAACUUGAACUACUAAUCCGUCAGGGACAACUACGAAAGUUUAUUAUUACGAAUGCGGCACCGGUGAUCUCCCGCAGUCUCCAGAAAUUCCAUACGGGUAAAAUCACUUAUGGGUUUGAGAAUGUCGAAGUGGUGGCUCGAGCCGAGACUUACCACGCCCUUUUGAAAGAACACCGCACUCCCACAGCGUCGAAAUUUAAUCAGUUUCUCACAGCUAACCCUACGGCUCUAUUUGUGGGUCCAGAACACUUUGAUACCGCUGAACUAGAUGAAUUGGUUAACUUGGGUUUCGUCACUCUCACCAGUAACCAUUUGAAUGAGAUCGAAACCCAUCAGUACAGCAUCUCCUACCCCGGGUGUGGCACUUUCCUCAAGUUGAUUAACCAAGGACGGGCGUGGCUCGUGAAAACUCUCCAGUCCAAUAAGUUCCAUGAACUAUUGGAGGAUACGCUUUGGAGCAAGUAUGAAGGGCGAACCCGGGCUGGUGUGUGCCAAUUGAAGAACUUCCACCGUCCGUUUUACGGCUACGAUCUAAACUGGAUCCUUGCCGAUGCAUUGGGGGCUGGUGUAGUGGAAGUAUUCAAUACCCCCGUCGGCCGCGGCUGGAGACUCACCGGUAAGGUCUAA